AUGUGUAACGAACAGUGUUAUGCAUUGGCCGUGGAGAAGUUACUCAAUAUUGAAGUACCUCCCCGUGCAAAGUAUAUACGAACUCUUUAUGCUGAAAUAACUAGAAUAUUGAAUCACUGUUUAGCUGUUGGUUCCACUGUUCUGGAUAUUGGAGCUAUAACUCCAAUCUUCUGGUUGUUUGAAGAACGUGAAAAAAUGUUUGAAUUCUAUGAACGUGUGUCUGGUGCUCGUAUGCACGCUGCUUAUAUUCGUCCAGGAGGUGUUUAUUUAGAUAUGCCACUGGGACUGAUGGAUGAUAUUUAUCAGUUCAUACAAAAAUUCCCCCAGCGGUUGGAUGAAAUUAGCGAUUUAUUGUUUGAUAAUCCCAUUUGGAUUACUCGCACUAAAGAUGUUGGUAUUGUUAGCGCUGAAGAUGCUAUAGAUUUGGGAUUCUCGGGGGUUAUGCUUCGUGGGAGUGGGAUUAAAUGGGAUUUACGUAAAACACAACCUUAUGAUGCCUAUGAAGAUAUGGAUUUUGAUGUACCAGUUGGUGUUCAUGGUGACUGCUAUGAUCGAUUUAUAGUACGUAUGGAAGAAAUGCGUCAAUCAUUGCGUAUUAUAGAACAAUGCCUCAAUAAAAUGCCCAAAGGUGAGAUCAAAGUGGAUGACGCCAAAAUUUGUCCACCUAAACGUGCUGAAAUGAAAAGUUCUAUGGAAGCUCUUAUUCAUCAUUUCAAACUAUUCUCAGAAGGUUACUUGGUACCACCUGGAUCGACGUAUACUGCUAUUGAAGCUCCGAAAGGUGAAUUCGGAGUUUAUUUAGUCUCCGAUGGUACAAACAAACCAUACAGAUGCAAAAUUAAAGCUCCAGGCUUUGCUCACUUGGCGGCAAUAGAUAAACUUUGUCGGGGUUUUAUGUUACCCGAUGUAGUCGCAGUUAUAGGUACUUUGGAUAUUGUAUUUGGGGAAGUGGAUCGAUAG